AAUUUAGCAUUGUACAGAUGAACUGCCACUCUGUGUAGUUCUUGGUCAUUGGGGUGCCGUGCUGCUCCCUGUCUCUACUCUUCUUCCUAAUAGCUUCAUCCUCUGGAGGGAGAUGUGGGUAUUUGGGUACGGUUCUCUAAUAUGGAAAGCAGGCUUUAACUACGAUGAUCGCCUUGUUGGUUUCAUCAAAGGUUAUCGCCGUGUUUUCUAUCAAGGCAGCACUGACCAUAGGGGGACUCCAGAGUAUCCUGGAAGAACUGUCACUUUAGAACCUGCUGAUGGGGAAGUCUGUUGGGGAGUUGCUUACAAGAUCUCCAAUAAGGAAGAUGAAGAAACUGCAAUAAAUUAUUUGGAAGUGAGGGAGAAGCAGUAUGAUCAGAAGGCUUAUCUUGAUUUGUUCACUGAGGCCGCAGCUACAACUCCAGCUGUUUCAGGAGUAAUGGUAUAUAUAGGAUCACCAGACAAGAAGCAUAACCAAAAUUACUUGGGGCCUGCACCUCUUGAAGAGAUAGCCAAACCAUGGCAUUGGCAUGGCUCAUAUGCAAAGUCAUUCCCUAUCCUAUGUGCAGACAAAUUGUACAUGCUGAAGGCCCUUCAGGACCCAAUAGAGACUAUCUUUUCCAACUUGAAAAAGCCCUUCUUCAAAUUGGUUGUAAGGACAAACAUAUAAUGGAUCUUGGAAGUGAAGUGAGGCGCGUUCUUUCAGAGAGGGAGCCUGACCUCGUAAUGCUAUGAACAUUAGGCUUACAUUCUUAGAUUCGUUCAAAUGGAGCAGUCAUCCAAAAAGACAUUGUAAUUGCGAUAUAUUAUUGUUUGACACAAGAUACACUUAUGGAACUUAAUUAUUCAGCUCUGAGCUGAACUGGAGCUAUUUUUUCAUGAAUAAAAAUGGAUUGGCCUA